UGAAGGCCACAAGGCGGUGGUGAAGCUGCUGCUCGACAAGGGCGCCAAGACUAACACCGAGGGUGGAAUUUUAGACAAUGCACUCUACGCGGCUUUAGCCCAAGUCUAUAAGGCGGUGGUGAGGCUGCUGCGCGACAAACUUGUCAUGUAA